AGCGGCUGUAUCCCUAUCCCUAACUCCUAGUAAGUCCUAAGCACGAUCGCUGCUGCAGUGGUCAGUUCCCACAUUCCACAGAACCACAGCGAAUGAUUCCCACCAUCACGCCACGAUCAACCAACUGGCCUCGCAUGCCCGCAUCGCAGCAUCUCAGUGCCUUACCGGAGAUGGUAGCCUACAACUGUCUCGUCAAUUUCCUGAUCGCCUUCGUGCUGCUCCUCGUCCAUGGCUCCGGUGGUCGGUCCCUGAACCAGACUUGCGACCACGCCGACCUGGAGGCGCUUCUGGCCUUCUCCAGCGGCUUGGAUGGAGCCGGGGCUCUCGGAUGGGAUCCUAACGACACCUCAUGCUGCUCCUGGACCGGCGUCUCCUGCGACCAUGGGAGGGUGGUCGGGUUGGAUCUCUCCAACAGGAGCCUAAAUCUAAAUGGCGGUAUACUGUCCUCGAUUGCCUCCCUCGAUAGCCUCGUGGCUCUGAACCUCUCCCGGAACUUGCUCCGCGGCCGGGCGCCGGCAGAGCUGGGUCAGCUGGUGAGGCUGCGUGUGCUCGACCUCAGCAUCAACUUGCUCUCCGGCUGGUUUCCUGCGAGCGAUGAUGGUUUCCCGGCUAUCGAGGUGGUGAACGUUUCCUUCAACAAAUUCACUGGCCCGCACCCUGUGUUCCGCGGCGCUGCCAAUCUGACGGUUCUGGAUAUCUCUGACAACGCCUUCUCCGGCGGCAUCAACGCCAGCGCGCUCUGCUUUGCGCCGGUCAAGGUCCUGCGGUUUUCGGGUAAUGAGCUCACCGGCGAGCUCUCGCCAGACUUAAGCCGGUGCAGGACACUCGCGGAGCUCUCUCUAGAUGGCAAUGGCCUCGCUGGUAGCCUCCCCAGCGAACUGUACACGAUGUCGGAGCUGAGGAGGCUGAGUUUACGGGGGAAUCAUCUCUCCGGCACCCUCUGCCAUGAGCUCGGUAACCUCUCCCAGCUUGUGCAGAUUGACUUGUCAUAUAACAUGCUUACAGGUCCCAUCCCUGAUGUGUUUGGGGGUCUGAGAAGGCUGGAGUCCUUGAACUUGGCCUCCAACGGCUUCAAUGGCACAUUGCCUACUUCCCUAUCGAGAUGCUCGAUGCUGAGGGUGGUUAGCCUAAGAAACAACUCGUUGUCCGGUGAGAUUGCUGUUGACUUUAGCUUGCUGCCAAGGCUGAACACAUUGGAUGUUGGAGUUAACAAGCUGAGUGGUUCUGUACCGCCCAGUCUCGCGCAGUGCACCAAGUUGAGCACACUGAGCCUCUCUCAGAACAAAUUUGUCGGGGAGAUACCAGAAAGCUUUAAGAAUUUGAGAUCCCUGUCGCACCUCUUGCUGUCAGGGAAUGGAUUCACUAAUUUGUUGUUGACAUUGCAAAUCUCGCAGCACCUGCCUAACCUGACGAGCUUGGUGCUGACCAGGAACUUCCGUGGUGGUGAGAAAAUGCCAGUGUAUGGCAUCAGCGGGUUCAAGGGCGUGCAGGUGCUCGUCCUGGCAAAUUGUUUACUCUCGGGCAUAAUCCCGCCUUGGCUGCAGAGCUUGGAGAGCCUCAACCUGCUGGACAUUUCGUGGAACAAGUUAAAUGGUAACAUCCCACCAUGGGUAGGCAAUCUGAACAAGCUCUUCUACAUCGACCUAUCGAAUAAUUCAUUCAGUGGGGAGAUUCCCGAGAGCCUUACACAUAUGAGGAGUUUAAUUUCAGGUGAUAUCUCAAGUGAGCAGACACCAACGGAGGACCAUCCAUUAGUCAUCAUGAGGAAUUCAAGUAGCAGCAGGUUGCAGUAUAAUAGAAUCAGCAGCUUCCCACCGUCACUGAUCCUCUCUAACAACUUGCUGGUUGGUGCAGUAUUACCAGGUUUUGGUCAUCUUUUGGAACUUCAUGUGCUGGACUUAAGCUGUAACAACUUCUCUGGGCCAAUUCCUCAUGAGUUGUCAGGCAUGUCUAGUUUGGAAGUGCUGAAUUUAGCCCACAAUGAUCUCAGUGGGAGCAUACCGUCAUCACUAACAAAGCUGAAUUUUCUCUCCAAGUUUGACGUGUCAUACAACAAUUUGUCUGGAGACAUCCCAACUGGGGGUCAAUUCUCCACAUUUUCAAAUGCGGAUUUUGCUGGUAAUGCUGCGCUCUCCCCUCUUUGGAAUGCCUCCUCCUUCCAUCAGACAUCGGAAUCAGAAAAUAAACAACAUAAUGACACAGAUACUGCAAUGCCGAUCACUUACAUCAUGGUGGAAAUGGGAUUCGCUUUUGGGCUUCUGCUUGUCUGGAGUGCACUGUAUUUUGUGAGGCCUUGGAGGGCUGCAUAAUUUUGGCUGGUUGGUACUUAGUAGGUUCUUUGCAGCGCCAUAUAUGUGGACAGUGGCGAAAGUGACCAGCCUCAGAAUAAAAAGAAGGAACUAAGUUCAGCCUUGAAGAAUAUUCUGGUCUGCUACCCUCAGGCUUAACCUGGCACUUGUAUACAUAUUUUUUUUUUGUAUGCAGAACUUUAUUUCAUCAAGUAGAUGUUGUUCAGUUACCCUCAGGCUUAUCAUGACUCAUGCAGGCUAGCUAGUUAGCUGAAAAGAUCAAGUAGAUGUUGUUCAGUGGAUCAGUGGCUUAUUAGAAAUACUCUUCAUCAGUCAUGAUGUCAAAUAUAGCCUAUGAGUUUUCGACGCCACGGUCUCUGAAGACAAACGUCGCGUCUCCAGUGCCACCGUUUUUCCGAUGCCUCCAUUAGCUCCAAAGUAAAAGAUGCGAUGAUUGGAGUUCUGGAAGGCAUCCUGGGCUUUUGGGCCCCCUUGGUCCUUGGGCCCCCCGGUGGUCGCCUCUGCUGCAUGGCCCCUGAGCCGGCCCUGAAUUUUUCACGGCAAACGAGAUUAGGUACUGUAUUAAAUUUUCUCCAGAAAUUGUAGACUUAGGUGUAAAUAUGUAACUUAUGUCAAGAUUAUAGAGAGGCAGCUAAAGUCCAAAUGCCUCAUACCUCGUGGAUGAUAUGUCUCCCUAGCUCAGUUCUUUAACACAAUCCUACAAAUAAGAGUUUAAAUUGACUACAUAGAAAUGGCAUCUACAGGUUGGUCCAGAUCUCAAUAUUGUAGUUUUAUUGGAGUAUUUAAACAUGUAUUUACAAUAAGAAACGGGUGUUAAACUACAACUGUGCCGCAAUUAUUUUCUGAUUAGUUUUCCUUUUCAAAGUUACGUUGCUGUCAAGAAUGCAUGUUGUCCUGUACGAACAACAGACUUAAGUGAAUAAUAUGAAAAGAUCAGGUAUAUUUUUUUCA